AUGAAUUCGUCUCAGUCUGUAUCAGUGGGAAGGAGGAAAGGGCCAAGAUUAACAAAAUAACCCCAAUUAUGGUUGACCUUGCUGUGUUGAAAUGUGAUGUAAUUGUGCUUAUCUCCUUGCAUUCUUAUAGAAAUGAUCAUUUUAGCAAGAGAGUUUCCUUCCACCACAAGGCUUGCCUGUCCUUGGGCAAGCUAGUUCUGUUCUCAGUGCGUGAUCUUCUCUGUGUAGUUAGGAAUAAUACACAGACUAUAGAUCUUCCCACACCCUGUCACCCGGGCGGUAGAGUCAACACAGCCCUGUCUGUGCGUGGGGCUUGCUGUUGGAGAAUAUUCUGCCUGCCUUUGCAUCUAUCCCAGCUAGCUAGAAGGGUGCAGCUUUGGGUCUGUUGCAGUGUUUUGCCUGUCAAGAGCAUCUGGAAUCAGCCGCAUGGUUGCAAUGACCAGCGAGAGACUGCGUAUUUCAGCCUGCCUCUGAAUUGUACAGAGAAAGGGAUAAAGCCUUUGCAUAGCACCUGAAUUCAGCCCUGGAUGGUGGUCUGACCUCCUCAAGCCCCGUGCAAAGAUGUGUGCCUCCUUUGCUCUCUGCCUCUCUGUGAUUGUUUCACAGCUGUCUCCACUUCAGAAUAAGCAGUGUAUUAAGAUGAGCUAGUCAAAAAACUAACUUGACAAGAUGGGAAAUUGACUCAGAUAAAUUUGUGGAAUUUUGAUAUCAGCUCGUUACAUCUAAUACUGUGGGUAAAGACUAUGGGCGCCCUCCUGCUUCUCAGUUCUCAUUCCAGUGUCACCUAUAUUACAGCAUUUGCUCAUCUGUUGUGGUUUGUCCUUGGUUACGUGAACAACACUCCACAUUAUCUGUUUGUUGUAUUGCUUUGUUAUUUUUUAAACUAUUUUUAAAUUUGUAUCGUCUAGUCAGUCCUAUUCAGCUCUGCUAUUUGUCCAGAAUUCAGCUUCUUCUGUUUCCCUCCCUUCUUUAAAACUUGUAAAUCUAAGUAAUAGAUUUCAAAUGUAGAAAUCUUGGGCGAAACUUGCAACAUCAGAAAUAGAACCUAAUGUUUACUUAAGUACAGAGAACACAGAUUUAAAGCUGUUUCUCUGCCAUCUAUCUUUUGUGGGGCAUGUGUUCUGUCCCAAAGAAGCUGUAGUAUGCGGAAUUGAGCUGUUGUAAACACUCUGCUUUCAUGGUCACAACUUCUGUUCUUGCCCUGCGGUAUAUCCAACAACAACAUGACAGAGGGCUGGGUGGAUUGCCCCGCACUAGGGCCCGGCUGGCAGCGCCGUGAAGUCUUGCGCAAAAAUGGAACAAGACCUGGACAGUCAGAUACCUAUUACACAAGCCCCAGAGGAGAGAAAAUCCGCAGUAGAGUGGAGCUCCUGAGGUUACUGGGAGGAUCACGGGAUUUGACCGACUUUGAUUUCAAGAAAGGGAUUUAUGUAGACCCAAGUGCUGAGCCCCAGCUCCUACAACCCCUCCCACCCACUGGAGGAGGCCACCAGCGGGUCAAAAAGGGUAGUAAAAGGCAUCUUCCACCUCUGGCAGCAGCCACCCCUCCACUCAAGAAGCCUCCUGAUUUGCAAGUGUUUGAAGAGCCUCCAGACAAGGAGGUUCCAGACCAGAAACCCCCCCAAAUGGAACUGGAGUUACCAGUAGAAGCACCUGCCGCUAUUCUGGCUGAGCAGCAAGAACUUCUAGUUGCUGCAGACCAGCCAGCCAUGAAGCCCCACAAGCGCCGAUGUCGGAAGCAGCUUCCAGCCCUCUUUCCUCCGGGAAAAAUGGGCAAUGUGACAGUGGAAGAGGCCAACCCAGAGGAACCUGUAGUGUUAGGCAAGUACUCGGAAGGCAGAAAGGCACGGAGAAGCUUGGAUCAGAAGCCAAGUUACUACACGCCUCCCACUUCCACUUGCCUGACCAGAUGCUGUGCCAGCUGUCAAGGACAGUUCCCAGGAGUGAUGCUCCCCUCCCAGAGACGCUGUCGGUGGCUCUGCCCAGAUUGCAGAGCUCAGAGAAGAGAUUUCAAUCGGGAGCAGAGAUAUUACAAGCAAAUUGGUUGUGGUGUGUGCCAAGCCUGCCAGAUGUCUCAGGACUGCGGCAUCUGCAGUGUGUGUGUCCUGCGAGCCAAAAGCCCCGAGCUCCGCAUUGGCAUCAAAUGUCUGCUGCGCCGAUGCUUGAAGAUUGUCAAAAAGGGCCUUGAAUGUGGUAUGUGUCAGGCUUGCAAGAUAACUGAAGACUGUGGGAGCUGCCACAUCUGCUUGCGGAGGCAGAAACCAGGCAUGAAGCGGCAAUGGAAAUGUCUCAAGCGCCGCUGCCUUAAACGCAAGAAAAAAAUUCCACCCAAGAAAGAUGGCUACAGCAUGAAGAAGCUUACAAUAGAAGUCCUCUCCACGGAGGAGACCUUUACGCCAGCACGGCGCCGGCAGAAGAAGUCAGCACCCGUGACAGAUGGGCCAGCUCCCAAGGUCCAGCGGGCCCCAAGGGGACACCACAAGAGGCUGCCAGCUGCACCACCAGCAUCUGCAGAUGGGCCCCUUCCCAAGGCCCAGCUUGCUGCAAGCUGCCAUCGUCGAAAGCGCUCUGCUACCACAAAAUGGAAACCCACCAUGGAACGGGAUCCUGGAGGCAUCCCUACAGUAAGACAAAGGAAGAAGCAGUUAGGAGCAGUGAAGGAAAGGAAGAAACCUGGUCGUCCCCCCAAGCAUCCCACUGCCCAGCUGAAGAACAAUGUGCAGACCUCUGCUAGCCGGCGAAACCGUAAGUGUGGCAAGUGUGAAGCCUGCCUGCUGAAAAUGGAUUGUGGCCGCUGUGAUUUUUGCUGUGACAAGCCCAAGUUUGGCGGGAGGAACCUCAAGCGCCAGAAGUGCCGCUGGAGACAGUGUCUGCAUUUUGCUAUGAAGCGGCUGCUUCCUGAGGAGUGGAGCAGCCCGGAAGGGGCAGCGGGCUGGAAGGUCAGGAGGAGGAGGAACGCCUUCGGCAACCGCAAGCCCACCAGGAUCAAGCAGGUGGGGCGGCGGGGAGCCAAGGGGAGUGGCCAGAAGCGACGGGCAAAAGCCAGCUUCCAGCCAGAGGAGUCUCCUUCAAGCAGGGAACAGAUGCAUUUGCCCAGGUUGCAGGGCCCAGAGGAGCCGGAACAGCAGCCAGUAGUGAAGUGGAAGAAAGAGCCAGAGAUGAGUGGCUCAAUUUUGGCCCAGGACUUGGCUAAGGACUGCCCCAUCCUGCCGCAUGUCAAAGAGGAGUCAGAAGUACCUCGACACCCCACCCCACCCUCUCAAGUUCUGGUGAAGCAAUCCGACACCAGACUACCUGCUGUCAACCUCCUCAUUGCCACCUCUCCUGUUGACAAACAGGAGCAUGCGGAACCGGAGGGGGACUGUCGGCCAUCGAAUGAUUCUCGGGUCUCAGCAGGACUUCCCCAGUGUAAGAGGGGGCGGGGAGCGCAGGGCAAGGAGCUGGUGGUUCUGGAUGAUGAAGAUGACGAAGAAGUGGAGCACCUGCAGCAAUUGCGUCCACCAGUAAUAAUGGAGAUUUAUAGCCUGGGUGGUGCGCAGCCCCUUGCCCAGUUGGACAGCGUCCUGCAUGAGUUCUUGGCUGAGCUGAAUGAGAUCCCUCUCCCUGCUCACUGGGAGGUGCUGUCUCCGCUUUGCGGCCCUGACCUGCGUCUCGUCCAGCGCUCAGAACACUCCACCAUGUCCUCAGCUGUCAUCUACAUCCGCCCAGGCCUCUUCUUCCAUGUGGUGGUGCGAAACCUGCCCGUGCCCCCUGAGCACGAACUCUAUGCCAGCCACCCUGCCCGCCUCACCACGGUGGACGAGGUGGUGGAACUUAUCUGCGACCUGGAGGCCUAUCGGCUCUGCUCUGGUUGGCCUGCAGGCUGGCACGCCGGUGAACGCUCCGAGGCCUGUGACGUUCUUGUCUAUUCUGGUUGCUGCCCACAGUGCCAACUCAACCCUUGGCCAUCAGGGAGAGGCACUCGCUGAGAACUGAGUUGGGAGGGGGGAUUUGGGGAGAGGACUUGGCCCUGUGGGGCAGUGAAUGGAAAGAGGUUUUAUUUUGACACUGGAAAUGGCUUGGAAUAUCUAAAGGGAUCAUUCCUUGCCAUAAAUAGCUUUAUAUUUUUUUCUCUCUUGUUCAGUAGCUUGGCACAGAAAGUCCCAUUUCUCUUGUUGUCUUCUGCCUCUCUCUACUGGUGAGCUGCUUCUGUGUUUCUGGCACAGAGAGACAUUCCUCUCAGAGACUCGAUUCCUGUCUUCAGUCGCUUGCUUGUCUCCUGCCAGAGAGUUGCAGUGGGAGCUCAGGGUCCAUUGCCAUAGCCUGUGCUGCUCCCAGUUCCCUCUGCUGGUACAGCCUCCCAGGUUGAUGUGGAGGCAGCUUAUGUAUCAGUGUGGACCUUUCUGUCCAUUGCUCCCACUUGCCUACCCCGCUCAAUUUAGCAUUGUCCUGGCGACUCCUAGACCUGCAGUAUGGUCAUCUCCAAACACAGGAAGCAUGGGAUUUAAGCAAAGCAUCUCUUUUGCUAUCUCCCCCUCUCUCUAAAAAAAAAAAGUUCCUCUGGCUGGGACCUGCCCCUUCCUGCCCCAGAUCCAGCUAAAACGGAAUUGCCACUUCAGGCAUGUCUUUCCUUUGCUUCAAGGUUGCUGAGUUCAGAUGAGUUAUUCUGUUUCUGAGGACCAGGAAGAUUUUUGUUUCGGGCAGCGGGAAAGACUAAAUGGAUGUCGCUGGAGUGGAGGCUGAGAGAUUCUGGGCUGUCCUGUUCAGGGAAAGUUCUACAGAAGCCAUAGCUGCAUGUCACUUGCUGACUCCUGGCUUUGUCUUGUGUCUUCCUUCAGUGUGGUGGUGGUGGCAGCAGCAAAUGCCCCAUAGCCUUUCCCUUGUUCCUCUCACCAUCAGUUUUUGUGUGUGUGCUGCUUUUCCCUCAGAAGAAAAUAAUGAAAGUAUUUGGGGGGGGGGGAAAUAAAUCAGAACUGGUCUCUCUAUUUUUUAAUGUAUUAAAUUUUUUAAUAAGCAAGCUCUGCUUUGGUUUCCAUGUCUCCCUUCAGGUGAGAACAGGGGUGGUGAAGCUGUUGCCUGGAUCCUGCUCACCAACCACUUCCAAAUCGCCUGCCCGCCCCUGUCUCUGCAGGUCCCUUUUCAGACUCAGGUGCAUCCCCAUUGCUUAAGAGGUCUUGAUACUCAGGAAGCUGGAAGUAGUCCUCCUUUCUUGUUCCUGAGCACUAAGACCUUCUCAUAGAAGCACUGCACUAGUGGGAGAUGACAUGCCUUGGAAAGGUGAUUUAAUAAGAUUAUGGAAAAAGCUAGAGAGUUCCAGAAAAACAUCUGCUUAUGCUUCAUUGACUACGCAAAAGCCUUUGACAAUGUCGACCACAGCAAACUACGGCAAGUUCUUAAAGAAAUGGGAGUGCCUGAUCACCUAAUCUGUCUCCUGAGAAAUCUCUAUGUGGGACAAGAAGCUACAAUUAGAACUGGAUAUGGAACAACUGAUUGGUUCAAAAUUGGGAAAGGAGUACGACAAGGCUGUAUAUUGUCUCCCUGCUUAUUUAACUUAUAUGCAGAAUUCAUCAUGUGAAAGGCUGGACUGGAUGAAUCCCAAACUGGAAUUAAGAUUGCCAGAGGAAAUAUCAACAACCUCAGAUAUGCAGAUGACACAGCCUUGAUGGCAGAAAGUGAGGAGGAAUUACAGAACCUUUCAAUGAGGGUAAAAAAGGAGAGCGCAAAAUAUGGUCUGAAGCUCAACAUCAAAAAAACUAAGAUCAUGGCCACUGGUCCCAUCACCUCCUGGCAAAUAGAAGGGGAAGAAAUGGAGGCAGUGGGAGAUUUUACUUUCUUGGGUUCCAUGAUAACUGCAGAUGGUGACAGCAGUCACAAAGUUAAAAGACGCCUGCUUCUUGGGAGAAAAGCAAUGACAAACCUAGACAGCAUCUUAAAAAGCAGAGACAUCACCUUGCCAACAAAGCUCCGUAUAGUUAAAGCUAUGGUUUUCCCAGUAGUGAUGUAUGGAAGUGAGAGCUGGACCAUAAAGAAGGCUGAUCACCAAAGAAUUGAUGCUUUUGAAUUAUGGUGCUGGAGGAGAGUCCCAUGGACUGCAAGAAGUUCAAACCUAUCCAUUCUGAAGGAAAUCAGCCCUGAGUGCUCACUGGAAGGACAGAUUGUGAAGCUGAGGCUCCAAUACUUUGGCCACCUCAUGAGAAGAGAAGACUCUGGAAAAGACCCUGAUGCUGGGAAAGAUGGAGAGCACAAAGAGAAGGGGACGACAGAGGACAAGAUGGUUGGCACAAAGAGAAGGGGAUGACAGAGGACAAGAUGGUUGGACAGUGUUCUCGAAGCUACCAGCAUGAGUUUGACCAAACUGCAGGAGGCAGUGGAAGACAGGAGUGCCUGGUGUGCUCUGGUCCAUGGGGUCACGAAGAGUCGGACACAACUAAACGACAAUAAAUUUCCUAUUACAUUGUGAACAUCUCACACCCUUGAGUGUAAUCUGGAUUUGCCCCUCUGUGAAAAAGAUGACUGUGAAAAAUGAAGACUUCCCACUGGAGGAAGAGGGCCAGGUGGAAAUCUCCACCAGUUACCUCUGCAGCACUAUUUUCCUUGCUGUUCCAGAUCUCCUGAAGAGGCUUUUUGUGGGGCUGAAGGGAGAAUCUAAAUAUUACUGGCCCACACAAUAUAACUGAGUCCAACACAGGAUUUGUCUGCUCAGUGCUGGAGGCGGUUUUAGCACUAACCCCCCAGUGAUUGCCAUGGGCAUGCGCCAAUACUAUGGGCUGUUCAGGAUUGACAAUCAAUACUUUUGCAGUGAUGGGACCAUAGCAUCACGUAAUGUCUGCAACAUGCGCUGUCAGCGAUUCCUUGAUGACGAUCUCACUGAUGACAUUGCAUGUGUUAAGACAAUUGUCCAAAGUCAAGUAUGGGUAAAAACCUGAUCUCUGUGCAGCUGAUCAGUCAAGCAAACUCGACACAUUCUACUAUGAGAAUAUAGAUGGUGUCCCACGCUAUGGAAUAUUCCAGCUAAGUGGCCUUGAGUGGUGUGAUAACGGGAGGCACUCCUCUCAGAAUAAAUGCCACACACUCUGUGACAGUAAGUGACUUCUGAGAUCCAAGAAAAGAGCUUUCUUUCUUUCUUUCUUUCUUUCUUUCUUUCUUUCUUUCUGGUUGUGCUAUCUCAGCAUUGAGGAAAAGGCACUGCAUUUCCUCGCUGCAUUAUAUUUCAUAUAUUUAACAGAUGUUACUUUAGGGAACUGUCCUUGGGGAAAAUUAACUCUUGUUCAGAAACCAAGUCUCACACAGACAAAAUUUCUGGUUAAAGAAUGUUUGGAUUAUUUACUAGCUAAAGACUGGUUACAUUAAGGAUUGUUUCUCCCAA